CCUCUGGCACUUCCUGAGCUCUCAGCCCUUUCUCUGCAGCUGCCACUUGAAGACUCCACGUUUUCCCUCCGGAGGAAAGACCCAUCUCUCUAAAUCCGCUGCCUGCCCCUCAUCCCCCAUUUCCCCCUCUGCCAUUCACUACCCACCACCUCUUCCAUUGUGCUGUGCCUUGCCCAGUUCAACUCCGCUUCCAGCGUCAGCAGGAGGGGUUACUGGAGAAUUUCGGAACCGACCUCGAGUUGCAAUGGAGCUGUAUGGAAAGAUGGCUUCUUCUCAAGAUGCCAGGUAUGGCCAGAAAGACUCUUCUGAUCAGAACUUUGACUACAUGUUUAAAUUGCUCAUCAUUGGCAAUAGCAGCGUGGGGAAAACAUCCUUCCUGUUCCGUUACGCGGAUGACUCCUUUACAUCUGCAUUUGUCAGCACAGUGGGGAUUGAUUUCAAAGUGAAAACUGUAUUCAAAAAUGAAAAGAGAAUCAAGCUUCAGAUUUGGGAUACAGCAGGCCAAGAAAGGUACAGGACUAUCACCACAGCCUACUAUCGUGGGGCCAUGGGCUUUAUUUUAAUGUAUGACAUCACAAAUGAAGAAUCCUUCAAUGCAGUACAGGAUUGGUCAACCCAAAUCAAAACAUAUUCUUGGGAUAAUGCCCAGGUUAUCCUGGUUGGGAACAAGUGUGACAUGGAAGAUGAGCGAGUCAUCUCAACUGAAAGAGGCCAACAUUUAGGAGAACAGCUCGGAUUUGAAUUUUUUGAAACAAGUGCCAAGGAUAACAUUAAUGUCAAGCAGACCUUUGAGCGUCUUGUGGAUAUCAUCUGUGAUAAAAUGUCAGAGAGUUUGGAGACCGACCCGGCCAUCACUGCCGCCAAGCAGAACACAAGACUCAAGGAGACCCCCCCUCCACCACAGCCCAACUGUGGCUGUUAAUGUCCCCACAUUCUCAGGCAGCUCCGGAAGGCGUGCUUGCCAGCAAACAGCCUUUAUUAAGUGGUCGAUUGGCCUUCAUUAAUACUGCCUACUAAUCAAGGGAAAUCUUUGAUGUCAAAGGCUCAUACAUGCGUUUCAAUUCGGGGGAGAUUUCCUGUGUUCAAUACGUGACAACUAUGUGAUCUUAAAUUCAUAAGGACUUUAACAUCUGGUAUUGCAUGUGAUUUGUUAUUUGUCUUUAGGCUCGUUUUUCUUUCUUGGUUUCAGGUUUUUGCUCAGAUUAAGCUACUGCUGGAACCUCUGGAUAUCAUUUUACUACUGAUUUCUGUGCCAUGGAUUCAAAUGACAUUAUUUAUUGUGGAGACAGUAACCACGAAAUUGCUUGUGAGCAGAAAUCUCAGGAGACACUAUCUGCUUUACUCUUAAUUGAAAACCAAGUUAAAAUAAUACUCAUUACUAGGGAGAUUGUCUAGGAUCCAGCCAGUUUACCAAGGAAAGAGGUCUGUUUUAGUAACCAAGGAAAGCAUUGUGACUAAAGAAAUCGAAAUACCAUGUUUGGGGCAUUCUAUUUAUCAAACUGGGAUUGGAUUUAAAUAAUUAAUGUCCUUUACCGAGCAGUGCUUUCCCCAUUCUACGCAGCAUUCUAAGUGUUUGAGGGUGUUAAUAGACUGAGAGCUGUCUGCUGAGUGUUAAGAAGGGUAUAAGUAGCUAUAGAAUUCUGAGGCCUGUGCUUCCACUUUAUUAAUAACUUGGCCCCUCAAAACAUACACAGACACAGAAACAUUAUAGAACUUUUACCAACUCUUGGGAUAAAGAGUAUAUUGAAACUUGUUGAUGACUUCUCUGCUUCCCCAGCCCACAAUCUCAUGGUAACACUUCAGCUAAGUUCUUUCACCUAAGGAGAAGUGAUCUCAGCAGUAUCUUGAUGGUUCCUCUGUUGAGGAAAAGAGGGUCUCUAAUAUCUAACUUCAUGUACUAAUUCUAAAGCAUUUCCCCAUUACUUAAGGUACUCAUAAUACUUUAUAGAUAAGAGUAAAAGAAAUAUUUUGGGCUGCCAUAAGCAAUUUGAACAAGGGAGAAAGGACAUUUGAAUAUCCUGAUUCUUCCUCCUAUGUCUCCUGGUCAGCAUAUAUGAAUAAGCAAACAAAUCCCACUAAUUGUAUGAACUGAGUAGAGGAAACUUGACAUCUGUAUCACCAUCAACAUCACUAACAGCUGGGUCCUUCAGAAGAGAGCAGGCCCAGUGGGGCAAAUCUGAAAUGACCACUCCUUGAAGUGGAUCUUACCUUUUUUGGGGUAACCAUGUUAAAGAUAUUUAAAUAAAUGUCUAAUUAAAUACAUGUUUAAAUGCUAAAUGUUUCUUGUGAGUUGAGACACUGCCCAUGAAAGUACUGGGUGCAAGUUUAGUGGACCAGGGUGUUAUUUGGGAAGUAUACAUGUAUUUGAAGAUAUCUGUGGAGAAUAAAUGUCUACAAGUCAGGCAUCUAGGUCACAUGCUAUCUUAAUUAUGAAACAAAAAUUAUAAGACUAUUUGGGAUGCUAUAUGUCUUAUUUCUCACCAUAAGAUCAACUAAUUGAUAGUAAAAUUCUACUUUGGCAACCUGCAAACCUGAGUUUAAUGAAGAAACAACAAUUUUUUUUCUAUUUUAAUAGGGUAACCAGCUUUAAAAUAGCACAAAAAUUUAAAGGAAGAAAAACAGGCCGGAGGAGAGGAAUGAGAAAACACAUUUGUUUGAAAGCAGAUUUCGUGCAUUAGACUUGCUUGUGUGACAUUGCAGUAUUCCUUUAACUGGAUUAGCAUGUGGCUGGUUUCAGUGAUACAGCUAUUACUUGCAAAGCCGGGGGAAUCUUUUAUCCUUACUAGUCGCUACUCCAUGUAUUCAGAGAUGGCAAGGGUUUCCAAUAAAAAGUCAUGUUUCAAAUGACUUGUUAGGACAACCUUGAUAUGUGAUGUGAACCAGGAAAGAAAACUAUAAAGCAAAGAGUUGUUUUGCCCUCUUAUAAACCCCUUCUCUGAAGAACUGGUCUCCAGUACAAUUAAUUAGCCCAACUGUCAAACUCUAUUAUGCCAGUCAGGGAAGUGGGAUGCAAUAGCCCAAAAGGAUAACAAAGGAACAUCCCAUACUUCCUUUCUCAGUCCUCAGUACUAGUGGGAUCUACCUGAUGCUUCAUUUCCAGCCUAGAAUGACUUUCAUUAAGAAGCUUCUAGGGCCUGGAGUGAUAGCACAGCAGGUAGGGCAUUUGCCUUGCACACGGCCUACCCAGGUUCCAUUCCCAGCAUCCCACAUGGUCCCCCGAGCACCGCCAGGAGUGAUUGCUGAGUGCAUAAGCCAGGAGUAACCCCUGAGCAUCACCGGGUGUGACUCAAAAAGCAAAAAAAAAAAAAGAAAGAAACUUCUAGAGAUGAUAAGUUUCUAUUUCUACUGUAAAUCACAUGUGAAGAUAAUGUGCUUCAUUCUUAAUCUGAAGAGAUCCUAAUAAAGUAAAUUAUUGGUCUAAAGAAAAACCAUCCCAGAAGUUACUGAACUUCUGAUGGUGUCAGACCAGAACAUAUAUUAUAGCGGCACUAUAGCUGUCUUCAGGCUUUUGGACCAAUACAACACAUAGUACUUCCUCCACAUAUGCUGUCUCCAUCUGCCAAGAACCUAAACAAUCAUGGGUUGUACAGUGGUAUAACCAAGUCUAUUUAAAAGACCAAGACACAUUUAAAAGUGUUGGUAAAUUUCAUCUUUCCUUUCAAUACUUGACACAGUUCAAUUAGUGCUUCCAUUAUGAAAUUCUUUAACCACUUCAUCUCCUUAUCACCCCAUUCCUCUAAUCACUUUUAGUAACCAACAUUAUUUACUUUGGUCAGAUUUCUCUCAAGAUCUUUAGUGUCGGUACAUUCCAUUCUUAUUACAAUUGGAAAAUUGGACUUGAAUUUAUUUCAUUCCUUGGAGUGGAUCAAUAUUUCAGUUUGGGGUGAUGUAAAUAAAUGUGGAAAGUGCAUGACAUUUCUUAAGUCCUAUCUUGGCAGUUUAAAUGUUAGCAUCACAUCCACAGGUUCAUAAGAAAGGCUGCUUCAGGCUUGUAAAUUAGCCCUUGGUACUGUUCUCACUGAACAGUUUCUACAACAUGAAUGAAUUUUGAAAGUCUUGAUUGCCCGAUAAAUAUGUGGUAAUUUUUUUUUUCAGUAAAGGAGCUACACUGUAACAGAAAGCUACAUCAUUGAUUAUAAUAAAUGUCAGAUAUAAAUUUUACAGUUACAAGACCAAUUAUACCCACAUAAACAACAAAUAGCUUUUACUCCACUCCUAUGUACAUUGAUUAUAAUCCUCUUAUUUAAUACAUAUUUUUUUAAGAACCAAUUUAAACUGUCUAUUUUAAAGACAUCCAUGCUGAUGUCUUUCAGAUAUGCGGUGGUCUUUUUUCACCAUAAUAAAAGUAAAAUACCUUUAUUAACAACUUCCAUGAAGCAAUAUUAAUUUUGGAGUGUCCGUAAUCAAUGGGUCCUUGCAACAAUUUUUAACCCAACGUCCUCUUAAUGCACAUUAAGGAUGUUCUAGGCCACUCUUCCAUCACUCCUAAGGCAUUUGCAAAUUGUUACAAAAUUGUUCUAUUGAACUAUAACAAGUCUGGUAGCAGCAGCAUGGAAACAUCUGAGUUUUUUAAGAGAUGCCGAAAACCCUCCACCCUCAUCAUGUUAAUCAUUUUCUUGGUGCUGGAAAGUGGUUUGGAAUGUUCUCUUAUAUCUUUGGUGUGGCAUAUUUGAAAGGUGGCCUGUCUUUCGAGCUGAAGAAUCCUUUCUCUAAAUUGCAGUUUGCAUGACUUGGAACCCUUUGUUCCUUUGUGUGUAGACUCAUUCAUCUUUCUCUGGCAAGAUGCCAGGGGAUCCAGUCCCCUGUAGCCUUUCCCGUAAUGCAACCUCUGUAGAGCUGCGUGGGUGUUCGCUGUCUGUGUACUGUGCCCAGGCUUUAAGAGAUUGCUUAAGAACAGUGGAAUCUUCCUGAUGAACAAAUCUAUGUAGCAUUAGAGUUAUAUUUUUUAAGUUCUUUAUAUUUGACCACAGCCAGUUAAAGGCACGCUUGCUUUAUCUUCUGGGUUGAGUUGGCAAAAGUUGGUUAAAAGAUGAAUCUUAAGACAGGGGUCGGGGGAGGCACCUAAAGGACGCUAGAUCACAGAGAAGCACAGAGUACAAAUAAGUCCGGGGAAUUCAAAAUCUAUCUACCUAUGAUUGAUACUUCAAAACUUCAUAAGUAGCUGGUUUUACUAAACACUUUCAUAAAUGUUCAAUACCCCAGUCAAGUGUUUCAGUCAAGUAUUUCUCUUAGUUCAUUUAAGGAUUUACUUGAGUAAUUUAUUGGGUGCAUGGUAUGCCUCUCCCAACACCUCGUUAUGAAGGGAAAUUUCCAAUUUUCAUCUCUGGCACUUUCUCAUUGCUAGGGAAAAGGGAGAUUUUCCUGAUGAACUCAUUUUGUUUUCAAAGUUCUAUGAAAUAGAUUCUUCAUACUGAUUAAAUUUAUCAUAUGUGUGUAUACACACACACAAUUUCCAGUCGAAGAGGACAAAGGGAAAAUCUAUUUUACAAACAUUCAAGAGAAAUUAUUUCAAAACCUCAGAGCUCAAUAUCAGAUCAUCUAGCUUGUAGAAAAAAUGAAAUUUGCAUUUGAAAUUCUCACAGGCCCCAAAUUUUUUCAUAUUUUUUGUUUUACUUCUAUACAAUGGCAAGCUCAAGAAUAGAAAAUGGGGGUCAGUAUCAAAAUACAGUGGUUAAGGCACUUGUCUUGCACACAACCAACCCAGGUUUGAUCUCGGCAACCCAUAUGGUCCCCUGAGCCCCACUGGGAGUCAUCCCUGAGUGUAGAGGCAGGAAUAACACCCAAGUAUCACCUUAUUAUGAUACUUAGUAACACCUUAGUAUGAUCCCCCCAAAUCAAGAAAAACUAUUAGGAAAUGACUCUUCUUUAGCGUUUUGCCACCUGCCAGAACUCUUAACCAGUCAUUUCUUGCUAAAAUGAGUUUGGGGGUUACCUAUGUCUUCAUUCUCCUAUGUCAUAUUUCCCUUCAUUGUGGACAACUGAGAGUUAUUUGUACUUUUAUUUCUAGUCGAAAUAUUUCCAGUUUCAUGUUUAGAGCUAGGGAUUUCUUGGGUUCAUGAAUGCUGUUUUUAAAGACACAGAGAGUACAUGAGAUACACAGACACCAGGCCUUUCAGGGACGUGAGCAUGACCAACAUCUGUCCAGUGAUUUCAUAUUCUGUGUAAAGUGAAGUCUGGGGAUUGUUUGCUGUGACAAUGUACUUUUCCAUGCAUUAUCUCAUCAGACCUAGGAUGUGUACUGAAUGAAAACUUCCUGUAAUUCCUGUUUAAUAUUGUUAAUGUCAGAUGUGAUGUGAUACCGUGGGAACUCUCCAGAUGUACAACUAUAUAAUGGUGUUUGUGGAAUUAAAAUGUCUUAAAUGUUGCAUGAAAUUUGUUAUAAAAAUAGAUUUGUUUUCUAUUUUUCAACACCUCAGAAUUGAGGGUUCAUGGGCCAAUAAGUGCAAUAUUUAAUGACUUACCCAGUGUAUAUAAACUAGUGUGAAAGAGUGAAUUGUAAUGAAUGUGUGAGAUGCUUUGAUGGCUGUGUGAGUUUUUCCAAAUUAUUUCCUGUAGCUCUAUGUGUCUAGUGGUGCAAUUUAUACAGUAAAUACCUUUUUGGUGUCAUGUGAAACUCUUCUGUGCCUACCUAUUUCAAAGUAAUUUUCUUAUAAGACCAAAUGUUUAAUAUCUGCAAAUAAGUUAAUUUUAUCUUUGAGAAUUGUGGAUUUUAUUUUCAAGGCAGAAUGGCUAUUUAUUUUAUAUAGGCAUUCCCUUAUUUUAGUUCACAACUCCCCUUCUGCCUUUAGGUACCUAAGAAAUGCACAUAGGGAAGUUACUUUUAUUCUCAAAAACAUUGCUCACAUUGUAUUUAUGUACUGUCUUGUUAACGUUUUAUUUUCCAAAAACACCGUCAAUCCCAAGAAUCCUAAAAUAAUUAUGUCCUUUUCGGUUGUAUAAAAGGAUACAUUCACUUUCAAUUCUCAAUUGUCCACAAUGGUGAUACAGAAGAAACAAAAGUCAAAAUCAUUAAGUCAAUUUGAUAUGCUAUCAUAGGCUCCCCUUAACCCCCCUUGACUAAGUAACAAAGGAGGGGAAAUGCCAGAAUGUUUUCUAAAUGCUAGAUUAAGUUCUAAUCUAGGGGGAAAACCAAGGGACCUGUAAGAUCCAGAAGAGUUGAGAAUGUCUAUUGAAGACAUCAGACAUGAUUCCAGAAUCAGUGAGGAGAUAGAUCCAGGCAAGUAGGAAAGGUCAUGGAAUGUUCCUUAUAAAAUUGUUGAGUAACUACAGAGCUUUGCUUUUCUAUCAGUGAACCAGAAAGACCUGAAUCACUAUCUCCUAACCCCUCAAACUGUCCCUCGUUUCUGAAUUUUAUCCCUGAGGAAGAUAAAAUUCUAAUUGGUUGUAUUGCCUGUGCUGAGCAGCCCCAACAUAAAAUACCAAUUGCUUGAAAGACGCAUUAAAGCAGUUGACAUUUUGCCCAUGUGCCAAACCACAAUGUGCAGUCUAAUCCAAUUCACCCAGGCAGACGUGUGCCAGAGAGUUUUCUGAAGUCCUCUGUUUCCUAUAAAGGGUGUCAGGAAGUGCACAGAUGCAAAACCUGUGUAACCAGGUGUUUGGGUUCCUUCUCAGUGACUAUGCUGUGGCGCUCGGGAACAAAUAUUAAGUAACGGCUUAAUGCUUUCCUGUAGUGAUUGUUGCAUUUAGUUGAAAACUGCAGCACAGCAAUUAUCAUAACUCUUUAUGUGUCCACUGGAGCUCUUGUCUGGGUUUAAAGCUAUAAAGUGUAUUCACAUUGUGAAAUUUUAAUUCUUUAUUGAAAUUGUGUGAAAAUUGUAUGUGCUUGGUUAGGUAUUAAGUUUGUAUGUGGCUUCUGUAUAGAAAGUGGUUUUUGUUCUUUGGAUUUAUCUUGUUUUAUUUUUUGGAGAUUACAAUAAAUAUCUAAGAGACUAUAUUCCUGAA